GUGUAGAAUUUCCACCCUGCGGUUGGAAAGGCUGUUAGCGCCUGCUCCUUGGGCCCCACGCCCAGGCAGGGUUUGUUGUGGUCUCAGUUCAGAGCUCUGCUCUUGUGCCUUUCACAUUUCCCACCCUAGAGGGCAAAAGUUAGCUUUUCUCUUUUGAAAAUGCAUCCGGGAACGUGAACAAGCCGAGGUUUUGGAAGGUCAGGGCUUGCAGUGUUUUCCCGGGACCCAGUGAAAUGAGUUGCAUCAGAGGCUUGAAGAAAGAGUUUUUAGCUGGGAGAAGAGAGGAAGGCCAGCUAAUCAGAACAAGGAAUCUGGACCUAUAUUAAGAAAUCAGUAAAUAUUAAAAAGAAGAUGGAUGCAAGAAGAAUGAAGAAAGAAGAAGGACUCACAGAAAACACUGGACUUUUCCUGAAGCUGCUUGAAAAACAUGACCCCUGGCCAGCCUCUGUCACCUAUACCUCUCAGACAGUGCAAAGACUCAUUGAGAAGAGCAAAAACAGAGAACUGGAAUGCAUGCGUGCCCUCGAGGAAAGCUCCUGGGCAUCCAGGAAGAAUAAGCCUUCCAGCGUCAUUCAGCUGAAAAGGAGAAAGUUGUCCCAGUCUUCCGGUGAAGUUGUGUUCAGGGACACGCUGUCAGAAUCCACGUUAUCAAUGUGGGGCGCUUACUCAAUAUCGACCAUGGCUCCUACCAUGAUCCCAGAACCCACGCACUUACAUACGGAUUCCAGAGACGGCCCCACUGAAAACUAUAACAAGAUCAUCUUUGCCCGAAAGCCUGUGAUGAGGAUGCUCCCUACAGUUCGCUACUGACCAACAGGGAGAAACACACAAAUGUUUUUAGCCAGGGGUCCCUGCAGCCAUCCCCCAAGAAUGUACAGCAAUAAAGCUCUAUUUGCCAUG